UAGACAUUGGAGUAGGAGAGACAGGGGUAGAAGCUGCAAAGUUCUAGCAGCCCCUUCUCAGGCUCCCUUUAUAGGCUGCAGCCAUGUGCACCACGUAUAUUAACGCUGGCUUCCAGGACCCAUCGGGAGCGAGGGAGGAGGAGGAGGAUGAUGAUUAUGAGAAUAUGACACCACCCUACAAGGACCUUCCUCCUAAGCCAGGUUCAAUGGCUCCUCCAAGGCCUCCAAGGGCAGAAAAGAAAAAGAAGAUCCUUUCAAUUCCCUGCAAGCCCCAGAAGAUGGCAGGGCUGAACCUCACCCCUGUGUCCUGCACAUCUCCUCAACUAGGUAUUGGACUGGAACCUUCUCUGUCCCGGCCACCCCCAGACACAACUCCAGUGCCCUGCCUCAGCCAGAAGCCGGGGGGUCCUGGGCGCUGCUGGGAGGACAGACUGAUUGUGUGCCUGUGUCCGCUGGUGGUGGUUUCACUGCUUCUGGGGUGCAUUAGCCUGGCUGUGACCCUAAUUAAGUACAAGGCAGUGGUGGAAGAACUGAGGAUGUUAACCUUUCAGCAGAUGGCAUGGCAAGCAAACGUGACUGGCAUGGCGGGGCUAGCUGGUCUGAAGAAGGACAUUGAUCACAUAAGAGCUGACACUAACCAGUCCCUGGUGGAAUUUCGGGGCUUAUUAGAAUGUACCAAGGUCACCUGCCCCAAGGGCUGGCUUCCCUUCGAGGGCAAAUGUUACUACUUCUCCUCAAGCACCAAGUCAUGGGAUGGAGCCAGGAUAUUCUGCCAGGAGAAUUACUCUCACCUGGUCAUCAUCAGCAGCUCUGCUGAGCACAAUUUUAUAGCCAAAGCUCAUGGCUCUCCGCGGGUGUACUGGCUUGGGCUGAAUGACAAGGACCAAGAAGGGGACUGGAAAUGGCUGGAUGGGUCGCCUGUCACAUUAAGUUUCUGGGGCCCACAGGAACCCAACAACAACUAUGAAGAGGACUGUGCCAGCAUGAACAAAGAUGGUACCUGGAAUGACCUUGCUUGUGAUAUAACUACAUAUUGGAUUUGUGAGCGGAAAUGCUCCUGCUGAAGCUUGGGACUGAGGCUGGGGGCUGUACGCAGCGCCCUUCAGCUCUUGGAGCUGAGUACCUCCUGCCCUUGCACAGAGGUCCUGCCUCUUCAUGAACAGACACGAAUGUGGCCAAAUUGGAUCAGCAACCUAGAUGUAGUAAGUCUCUGGGAUGCAAGUCAGGCCAGUUCUAGGGCAAGGACAUGGGCUUGCCCAAAUGGAUGGUGAGGUGGAGGGACACCCAGGACUUGGCGGUGGUCUCCAGUCUGGGGUCUGGUGGGCACACACCAAAUUCCUCAUCAUGGCUCUUGGGAACUGGGUUUGACAUUGAACCCAGGAUUGAAAUGCCCUGGUUCCUCUGAAACAUGAUGAGCUGGACUCGCUUCCUUAUUUCUGACCUGGUGUGGACCAGCUUCUGAGAAGUGGGUGAGGCAAAAUAUUCUUGACAGGCAACUUGCUUGAUGAGAUUUGCCCAAAUUAGGUGGUGGAAUCUGACUUCUGCUGAGAUCUCGCCCAUAGAACUUCUAGAAAGGCAGACCAGCUGAAAGGCAAAUCCUUGGUCAGGUUCAUAGGACAAGUGUGGAGGUAUCUACCCAUAUGUGCCCUCAAGCUGUCUGUGGGUUAUAAAGAUCCUUGAUGAUAUAAUCCAUUUUA